AUGGGUCGUUUGUUAUUAAAAUCGAGUUACGACCAGGGUGAUCGGCUAUUAUCUGUAAUUAAUGCUUUCUAUUGGUAUGAGAAAGCAGCAGCCAAUGGACACAAAAUUGCACAAUAUAACCUUGCACUUAAAUAUGAAAAAGAAAAGGACAUGAAACAAGCUUUUAGUUGGUGUAAAAAAGCUGCAGAGAAUGGGUAUUUCAAGGCUCAAGAUAAACUUGGUUCUUUGUAUGAAAGUCAUGAAGGGAUAGUAAAUCAUUUAGAGGCAUUCUAUUGGUAUCAAAUGGCUGCUGAAAAUGGGUAUGAUGUUGCACAAUAUAAUCUAGAUUUAGAAAUGUCCACAUAUUGGUAUCGGCAAGCGGCUACGAAUGGUCAUGAUGCUGCAAAAUAUCAUCUUGCAUUUUUAUAUAACGAAUGUUUAGAAGAAACUUUUGAUAAACAUAAAAAGGCAGCGGAAAAAGGAUGUAAUAUUUCACAAUAUAAUCUUGCAGUUUUAUUUGAAAAGGAAAAUAAUCCGAAACAAGCUUUUAAUUGGUACCUAGUAGCGGCGGAAAAUGGAAACAUUCAAGCACAAAAUCCAGCUGGAAAAAAUGGUGGAGAUACAUCGAAUAUUGAGACCAUCAGUGAUUUGGAUAAAGUUCAUCAUUGGUACCAUGAAGCUGCAAACGAUGAUAGCAAACAUAAUCCCGAUAAUAAUCCCGACACUAACGAACACCCGAAAGUUCUUAUUCCGACAUUACCAGAAUCCUGA